AUGGGUAUCUUGGUGGAUAGGAAAGUGCGAGAGUCUGUGGUUGAGGUUAGACGAGUGGGUGAAAAAUUGAUGACUAUUAAGUUAGUAGUUGGAGAGUCCACCUUAAACGUCGUCAGUGCUUACGCAUCGCAUGCGGGCUUGGCUAAGGAGAUUAAACGACGCUUCUGGGAGGGGUUAGAUGAGAUUGUGCGCCAGGUUCUGCCUGCGGAGAGGCUAUUUAUAGGAAGGGAUUUCAAUGGUCGUAUUGGGUCGACUGCAAGUGGUUAUGGUGAGGUGCAUGGAGGCUUCGGUUUUGGGGAGAGGAACGGAGGAGUUACCUCGCUAAUGGACUUCGCUAAGGCUUUUGGGUUGGUGACUGCGAACUCUAGCUUUCCAAAGAGAGAUGAGCAUUUGGUUACUUUUCAAAAUGCGGUGGCAAAGACUCAGAUCGACUAUCUCCUCCUCAAGAGGUGUGACAGAGGGUUGUGA